UGUGCAACACUAGUUUCCCGCCUACUUCACUUGUCACUUCCAUUUUUCCCGCUUUCCCCAAAAAACCUCAGAAACCCUAAAAAUGGGGCAGAAACAUCAACAGUCCACCGAUCCAACCUCCGAUUCCAAGAAAAAACGCCGAGUUGCAAUCGCUCCAAUCGAUGUUGGCGUCGAAGCAAAUGACUGCAUUCAAAUCUUCAUGGUUGCCAGUAAAGACGAGGCUGAAGCCGGGACUGGCUAUCAGAUUGAUCCAAUUGAUCUGAAUCACUUUUUUGAUGACGAUGGGAAAAUUUAUGGGUACCAAGGUUUAAAGAUUACAGUUUGGGUUAGCAGUAUGUCAUUUCAUGUGUAUACAGAUAUCACUCAUGAGAGCUCAUCUGAUAGAGGGAAAGGCAUUACAGACCUGAAAUCUGCUCUUCAGGAUAUGUUCGCUGAAAAUAUUGUUGAGAAUAAGGAUGAAUUUCUUCAAACUUUCACGACAGAAAAGCAUUACAUUAGGUCAGCUGUCUCCAAGGGAGAAAUACUGCUGCAGAAUACAUCUAGUGGCAAUGGUGGUUCUCAUGUGGAUACUGCUGAUUUGCAGGUGAUUCGCUUUGUUAUGGGUGACAUGUCUGCCGGGCUUCUUUACAGCCGAUUAGUGCCUCUCGUUCUUCUUCUUGUUGAUGGUAGCAAUCCUAUUGAUGUGACGGAUUCAAAUUGGGAGAUGUAUGUUAUUGUUGAGAAGAUAGCUGAUCCAGAGGGAGGCCAAAUAAGUAGAUUGCUUGGUUUUGCGGCUGCUUAUCGUUUUUACCAUUACCCUGAUACUUUAAGGCUGCGACUUAGUCAGAUACUUGUAUUACCUCCUUAUCAACAGAAAGGGUAUGGACGUCGCCUUCUGGAGCUACUCAACAGUGUUGCCAUGUCUGAGAAUGUCUAUGACUUGAGUGUUGAAGAACCAGUAGAUUCCUUGCAACGUAUUCGCUAUUACAUUGAUGUACCACGCCUGCUCACUUGCAGUUCUGUGAAAUCUGCAGUUGAUAUAGCGGCCAAGCAUCUUAAAGAAGCCAAAUUGUCAAAGAGAACACAGGUUUCUCAGUUCCUUCCACCAUUUACAGCUGUUGAUGAAGUGAGGAAGAAGUUGAAAAUCAACAAGAAGCAGUUUGUAAAAUGCUGGGAGAUUCUUCUUUAUCUUGCCCUUGAUCCAAUUGACAAGCACCUGGAGAACUACAUGAUCUUCAUCACAGAUCAAGUGAAAGCUAGUGUGAUUGGAAAGGAUCCAGGGACUAAAGGGAAACAGGUAAUUGAUAUCCCAAAUGACUUCGGAGAAGAAGAAUUUGUUAUGUACAAGCCUCAAGAUUGUGAAGAGGACCAAGUUGAUAUUGAUGAGGAUCAGAAGAAACAGCAAGAGCAGCAGCUGCUGGAGAUAGUUGAUGAAAGGAUGAAAGAGAUCCAAUUGGUUGCUCAAAAGGUAUCAACUACCAAACCAUGAAGGUCUUAUUUAUUAUGUGCGGCAAGAGAUUAUGAUGUUUGCGUUCUCUGAUUUAGCGAGCCUGUGGCAGAGAUGUUUCUUCUUUUACUCUCCUUUUAGUCAUGUAUGAUUGUUCUUGAUUGCCAUUUUCAGUAAUUUAGGACAAUCAAUUGUUGUGCAUACUAACAUGAGAAGGGAGAGCUGUCUUCCUGCCGAGUUCAUUGAGGGAACUUUUUACUUGUUACCAUGUAAACUGCUUCAGAAGUUUAGUUUUACACAAGUUGAGUACAUUUCGGGUUCAGCCCUUAAA